AUGCCGGGAUCGCGACGACGUACGCGCUGGCCGACACCUUUCCCUCGUUCCCUCUCUCUCGGCCUCGGCGGCCGCCGGGUGCGGCUUCUGCGCGCUGCUGCGGUCCACGCUCAUCUCGACAUGGGGUCUCCUUCGCAGCCCGCGCAGCGCUGGGGCUCCGAGGUCGACGAGGGCGAUCCGGACCUGCGCGUCCUUCUCGAGCGCGAGUGGGACGGGCGCGUGACGCUCGGGAACGCGCGCUUCGAGUUUGCGUCCUUCUCGGCGGAGCAGGGCGGGCUUAAGCUGUUUCGCUACGAGACGACGGGCGCGGAGGAGCAGCAGGACGGGAAUGUUCUUAGGUUGAUGGUGGAUGUUACUUCGGUGUGGAAGAGGCCGGACAAGGUCGAUGCGGGUGGAGACAAAGGGGAGGAUGAGGAAGGGGAAGAGGAGGAGGAGGAGGAAGAUGUCGAGGUCAGUAGGACCUACGCAUUUGACGUCUUCGACUCCGUCGGCAAACACCGAUUCCCCAUCCCCGCCGCCCAAAGACGCCUCCCCUCCCCAACGACCCUCAGCGACCGAAACAUCGCCCUCAUGAAAGACUGGAUCUCCUCCUGCCAAACCUCGUGCGCCGAAUCCUGCGAACCCUUCUCCCGCUGGUCCCCGACCCGCCUCCUCGACCUUUCCAGCGGCGACACCCCCACUGCCUACGCGCCCCUCCGCCUCGUCGAGUCGCCCGCCGAGACCGUCGAGUACGCCGCGCUAUCGUACGCCUGGGCCGACGACAAGGACGUCUACUGCUCCGUGCAGGCCGAGGAAUCCAACCUCGACGAGUUCCGCGACGAGGGCGUCGACGUCGCCACGCUGCCCCGCGCCUUUGCCGACGCCGUGGCCGUGUGCCGCGCCCUCGGGCUGAGGUACCUCUGGAUCGACCGGCUCUGCGUCCUUCAGGAUUCCGCCGAGGACCGGUUCAAGGAGGACGGCCUCCUCUACAAAACCUUCCACCACGCCAAGGUCACUCUCGCCGCGCUUCCUGAUCCGCGACACCGCACAAACCCCCGCCACCAAACUCUCCUACUCCCCCACCGCCACCCUCAUCCUCGCCCCCUCCCCCUCCCCGCAUCGCCCGACAAGUCCCCGCGCGACCUCGCCGUAGAAUCCUCCCCAUGGGCCCUCUCCGCCCGAAACCUCCUCCAACGCAUCCACUCCACCCGCCUCAUCUACUUCCCCUCCUCCCCCGCCGCCAUCCGGCGGCAACGACCGUCCGGCGGCGGGCCCGACAUCUUCUUCGAGUGCCGAUGGGGCCUCCGCUCCGAAACCAUCGGCUCCGAAUCCGUCCUCGGCCGCAUAUGUCCCCUCUGGGCCCGCUCCGCCCAGGACGCCGCCACCGCCGACGACGAGACCAAGGACCGCAUGCGCGCCUACACCUAUCUCACCCACCAGACCCUGCUCGAAGAAUUCGCCGCCAAGGCCAUCGCUGACCCCGCCGCCCGCCUCCUCCUCAUGUCCAACCCGGCCUCCGACCGCGAGGGUACCAUCGCCGACGUCUACGUCGCCCGCGCCGGCCUGUUUCAGCGAAACCUCGCCGCCUCCCUCCUCUGGGCCCCUAUCCCUGACUCCACGCGCGUCCGCGUCCGCGUCCGCGGCGGCCACUCGCCCCCGCCUUCCUGGUCGUGGGGUAGCGUCCACGCGCCUAUCGAGUUCCCCACCGCCACCACCGACUACGAGCUCCCCAAGGCCUUGCGCAAGCCCAAGCUCGCCUUCCAGCCCCUCGCCAUCGUCGGCGACGCGGCGAUCCCCGCACCGGGCGUCGACUCUGACCCGCUGCAGCUCUACGCCAAGGGCUUCCUCAAGAAGCUCGAGGGGCUCAGGGCCCUGGACACCUCGGACCCUGACGAGAUGCAGAUGCGCGCCGCGUACCCCUACGACCUGGUCGUCGGCGAGGCUGAUGGCACCGACGACGGUCUAGUUUUCGCCCAUGGCCAGCUAGACUUGGACGAUCAGCAUGACAUUGUCAAAUCCGCUCGAGAGUUUGCCUAUCUCCACAUCAAUACCGAAAUGUAUCCUACCGGGCUUAUCCUCAUGCGAGAACCGGGCCAGGGCGAUAACGGCGAGGAGGUUUACAGAAGAGUUGGUGUUGCGGAUAUCGCUGGGAGCAUGGGAGGGGUUUUGGUCGAUCCCCCAUUUGUGCCUGCUGAGCAUAAGUCUAAUCUCCCCAUCGUCAUCGCUAUCAUCUUGCGCCGCCCUCUCCAGCAUCCUCUCGAUCUCGUCAUCGCCCAAUCUCCGCCGCUCUUCAGCGAGCCCGGCGCCUAA